ACCAGGUAGCGGGGCGGGGCUUCUGGCCUUUGUCCGCCAGCCGUAGGAUGCCGUCUGAAGAGUCCAGGGAAGUUUUUGGUGGAAGCGCGUUUAGCGGGGCUGUCAAAGCUCUCAGUCGAGGGGCUGCUGAGAAGGCAAUAAGAGGAGAAGCCCGCUGUGUUCUUCUUUUGCUUCGCAGAAGUCGUCGUGCAGGUCUCUUGGAAUGGAUUUCACAGAAGCCUACUUUGACAGAUGUUCAGCUGUUGGACUUGCAGCUAGAGAAGGGAAUGUCAAACAUUUGAAAAAGCUAAUCAAACAAGGAUACAGUGUUGAUGUCCCUGAUAACAGGGGUUGGAUGGCAAUUCAUGAAGCAGCUUUUUAUAACAAAAGUGACUGUCUGAAGGUGUUACUUCAUGCUGCACCUUCAGAUGACUACAUUAGAGCAAAGACAUUUGACGGUACCUGUCCAUUGCACCUUUCUGCAAGUCAGGGAAGUUUGGAAUGUGUUGCUGUUUUUUUGAAAUUUGGAGCCAAUCCUAAUGAGGUUACUAAUGAUGCAACCACACCAUUGUUUCUAGCUGUUGAACAUGGACACACUGAUGUCAUAAAGCUUCUACUUCAUCACGGAGCCAAUGUUAAUGGGCCCCACUGUUGGUCUGAAUGGAACUCUUUGCACCAGGCUUCUUUUCGGAACUAUCCUGCAAUAUUGAAAUUACUCCUUGACAAAGGAGCCAACACGGAAUCAGAGGAUGACUUUGGGAUCACACCUUUAUUCAUUGCUGCACAAUAUGGAAAUCUGGAAUGCUUAAGGAUACUUAUAUCAUAUGGAGCAAUCGUCAACUGUCAAGCCAAAGAUCGAGCCACACCGUUAUUUAUUGCCGCGCAGGAAGGCCAUGGCGAGUGUGUGGAGUUGUUGCUGGCAAAGAGAGCAGACCCGAACCUCUAUUGUAAUGAGGAGGAAUGGCAGUUGCCUGUCCAUGCUGCAGCACAAAUGGGGCACCACAACAUUCUGCACUUCCUCCUGCCGGUUACAGAUCGGUUAUGUGGCACUGCUGAAGGCAAACUGAGCCCCGUCUACUCAGCUAUAUAUGGUGGACAUGCAGAUUGCUUGGAACUCUUACUUCAGCAAGGUUACAGCCCAGAUGCCCAAGAAUGUCCGGUGUUUGGCUACAGAUCACCCCUGUCCCUGGCUUUCACGAAGGGGUUGGAAUUUAUUCUCAUUCUUCUGAAAUAUGGAGUCACUCUUCAUGAAGCUGAUCUAGGCCUCUGCCUGUCCCAUGAAAAGUUCUCUUUAUUUCAGUAUUUCUUGAAAAAGGGCUGCAAGCUUCCUUGCAGCCAAAAUAUAGAAGAAUUUUGUGCAGUUGAUGUACAAGGCCAUUACAAAGAGUGGCUGCCAUCUCUCCUGCUUGCUGGAUUUAAUCCUAUCAGCCUUUUCUGCAAGUCAUGGAUAUCCUCUGCAAACAGUGAUGCCCUGAAUUUUCUGUUAGAGUUCACUGACUGGAAGAGACUUCCUUGGGAUUUGGAGCAGAUCCUUUCUGAGCACAAAAGAACCUCUGCUUGGGUACCCUGUCAUCACUUUGAGUUCAUCCCUCCUUUGUCUCACCUUUGCCGCCUGGAGAUCCGAUCACUUUUGACAAGCGAACGUUUACGAUCAGACCAGUUUAUCCACCAGCUGCCAUUGCCCACUGGUCUGCAGGACUACUUACUGUUCUCGGAUGUCUUAACAAUGCAUGGUGUUGCACGGUCUUCACUGAUCCUGGGAGAACUGCAUGAAGGAGAUGCUCGGCCACCUUUAGGCAUUUCAGGAACUACAGAGAGAAGAAGAACUUAGAGAUGAUGGGGUGGGGGCAAAGUACCAAGGACUUCAGAUAGUUUUGUGGAAGCGGGUUCCAUGAUAGAGAUGUCAAUUAUUGCUUGUUUAUGGAAGAUCUUUGAUUCUCUUUUAAGAUACAGAUCCUAAGCAGAGGUUCACCCUUCCAAACCUACUGAGUUCAGUGGUCUUAAGAAAGGCCAUAUUGUAACAUGUCUCAAAUGAUAACCAUUACUUGUAGUUUUUUCCUCAUCACAGUUCAGCAUUCCAGUUCAUGAAAACAGGAAUGAAUACUAUCAAUGACAAUUCUAAAAUAAAGACCAGCUUUUUUACAA